CCACUGCAAUGAAAAGAAGAAGGGCGCCUCGUUCGCCCACUACACCACCACCGACGACAAUCUACCUUCGCUUCGCCGCCAUAUUUUUUAGAUGGAGAAGCGUAGAGAAAUCGGCGGAAUGGAAUUGGACACCGAAACGAUUUUAGACGCUUUAAAUGAUUUUGAACGUAAGCCGUCUCCAAACGUACCCCCUGUUCUCGAGAAUCUCUUGAUAUGGAUAGCGAAGACGGGAGAUACCUUAUAUCCAUGGAAAAAACUUAAACCUUUAUUUAUCUGUAAGCUGGAGAACGUCAUACAGGAAUAUGUAACGGUUAAUGCCGAGGAGGUCCUGCUGGCGCCAAAUGUUGAAAAUGUGGAUUUUGAUGACAUGCGUCAGCGCCUUGUAAAAGCCAUAAACACCUUUUCCUACGCACCUUUUACAAUCCAACGACUCUGCGAGCUGGUAACAGACCCAAAGAGGUACUACAAACGCAGUGAUAAGUUCAUGAGAGGAAUUGAAAAGAACAUAAUGGUCGUAAGCACUGUUUCGCCUAAUGGGAAGAGACAGACAAAAACCAGUGAUUUUGAGAAACCGACUGUCAUGAUGAAUGGUAUUGACACUGACUGUAAAAACCAUUACCAUGACAGCUUAAAUGAUGUUGCAGAACAGACCGACAUCGAAAAAAGUGAAAAUGUUUCUAAAACAAACUCAAACAAUUUAACUGAGUCUACACUGUCUGUAGAUAGUAACACAGAACAAAAGACUAAUGUAGUGUCACAAGAGAGUUCAAGUCCAGACAGCUGUAGUGAAGAUCACAUUGAGCAAGUAUCUACGCAACAGGGUACUCAGGAAAUAUCAAGUACAGAAGUUGAAAAUACAAAACCCGCAAAUGAGGAAGAAUUAACAAAAAAAACGUCUGAACAAAAAUUAUCAGAACCUGAAUCAACAACAUUACCUCCUGAAUCAAAUAAUGAUGAUCCUGCUGACUCUGGCGAAUCGGGCAACUCCAAUGAAACUCCAGAGACCUCAUUAGAAGCAGCCUGUGAAUCUGAGACCAAAGAUCCAAUACAAGACAAUGAAAUGGACCAAAGCUGAGGUUAGGCUUUGAAUUGGUGUGAAAACUGAAAGACACCCUGCCAGGAAAUAUGAAGGUGUAAUUUUUGGGAGGAUUUGGUCUGUUGGUGAGGAGUAGAUACAUUUCAGGGAAUUUUAAACUUCAAGACUUGAGCAAGCAAAAAUACAUAGGAAUUUACCAUCUUGGUGUGAAAUAUUUUUGUAGCCUGAAAGUGCUAGCUUGAUACACUGUGGACUAUGUAUCAUGUUGUGUUUGUACAGUGGACAGUAUUUAAAAAAAUGUGAUUUAAAAUGCGCAUUCUCAUAUGAAAUUCAUGCCGUCUUCAUAUGAUUGCCUACUGAUUUCUAAUUUCUUGAAUUCACAAAAAAACAGAUUGUGAAGUACAUAGUAUUUUGUGAAGAUGCAAUAAUUCCAGCCUGCAAUGCUAUGAAUAGCUUAACUUGUAAUAUUUGCUGCUUCUGAUUGGACAUCAACAUUCACAUAUUGUACACUGAUGAACUGAGAACUGCUUGUUUUAAGAGCAACUCAAGAUAAGCUCAAUGGAAUUUGUUGAGUAUUUUGAGAAGGAUGCAAAGACUUGACUUUGUAAUUUUUUUUUUUAAUGAUGAUGAUGAUUUAGGAAUUGUGCUGUUUAAAAAAUAUAUGUAACAAUAUUAAACAAAUGCAACAGUCUCCUGAACUAACUGCCACAGAUUAUGGUUACAUUAAUUUCUUACUAGUGCUACAAUUCCAUUCCCUGAUACAAGAAAUAUUCUUGCUGAUGUAUCAACCUUUUUUAACUUAAGUUCUGCAUUUUUUCAUCCAUCAUUAUGGUUGUGUUUAUUGUCCUCAAUAUAUAUCCAUGUCAAUGUCAUGUCCUGCUUGAAAUAUCUUAUCAAAAUACAGUAAUUGUUUUGUUAGUUUACAAAAUACAGUACUUGAAUGCCUGUGAAUUAAUGAAUACAUGUAGAACUCCUGCAAAUUAAUAAUAAAGAUUCUUGACAGUUGGCACAAUAAACAAAAUAUAUUUAAUUGAUAAUAAUGUUUUCAAAAAACCUGUGUGUAACUGCCAAAAUAAUCUUUUAAUGUCAUUUGUUGUCAUUACAAAAUUUACCUGUAGCUACAGGUAGUUGUCUGUUGUUAUAGUUAAACUUGCCUAAGUCAACUUUGCCUCUAAAGUCAAUCUUAUUUUACAUGCCAAAUUGUUGUGUUUUCCAUUAAUUAACUAUCUGUAAGUCAAAUUUUAUCCAAGUCAAAACAGUUUUUCAGUGCCAGUUUGGAGUCGACUUAGGCAAUUUUAACUGUGUUUCAUCCAUGUUAUUGCUUUUUGGAUCGUAGAUUUAAUGUACCGUAUUGUUACUUGUUAUCUAUUAUCUGGCAACUUGCUUCUUGCUGCCGGAUAUUCAGAAAGGACUUUGCAAUGAAGUUAUUUCUUGUUUCAUUUCAACCUUCUUCACCUGUGCGUGUAGGUUAUGUAAAUAUACUCGUGUGUUUUAGAAAUCACUUAAUGUGAAUGUAAAGAACAGAAAUUGAAUGAAAUAAAAUUCCUGGUCUGAGGACAGAAAUUAC